UAAAAGGUCAAAGGUAACAGACCUAGUGGGGAUGGGAAGCUCAGGUGGACCGGAGUGUUUUGUCACGGCAACUGACGACUUUCUCACCGGUCGUCCACGUAGGAACAUCCUGGUUUUGUUUACUGAUACCAGACAGAGAUUGGGAGCGAGACUGUGAGUGUUUUAGUGUCUAUUCAGAGCGUUCACCCUUCCAGAACACUAAAAGUUGAGGGUCGCUGAUCGAGCUCAUGCGCUCAAACUGAGCCUAAAACUGAGUCGGAGCUGAGUUUUUCACGGUGUGACUUUAGCUCUAGUAAUCAGUGCUCCAGGGAAGCACAAGGCUGUCAGAUAUCCUGGUCGAGUCGUGGUGUUUUGGAGGAGAAUGCGCGGUAAGACCAGGGUGUGAUGAGUGCAGCGGGCUAUGCCGUGGUGAGUACCGACGAGGACCAGGAAUCGUCCGACGAGAGAGACACUCUGCUCCCGCUGCAGAACGGUUACCCAGCCUCGGCAAAGGCACGGAUGACUGAGUACAAGCGCCAUGAGAAUGUGGAGGAGGACAUUCCCGCCAGCAACGCUAGCUCCCAGGUCGGCACUCCCAUGGAGGACGUUCCACCAGUUGUGCUGAGAACAAAAUCACUGUUCCUGGGGAAAUGGGGCCAGUGGACGUCCUUAGAGCGGAUCCUCAUCAUCCUGAGCUGCCUACUA